UGUCUGUCUGCAUGUGCGCGCGUAUGUGUGUGCUGAUUUUUUUUUGUGUUCCUCUAUUCGUGUGAGCUAUGUUAACCGUUAGCUGAACAAGUGCAAUAAACCGUUAUAAUAGGCGAACUUUGCACGCUUCGAACGCUUCCUCUUACCGACGGCAAAAUGCAAGCAACCAAAAUGCGAACACCCUUUGCCAUACAGGAGAUCCUCGGCCUUGGCCAACAAUCGUCGCAGGCAGCUGCCGCUGCCACGCCCAGCGCCAACGAGGCGCCACUUUCACCGGCCGCCACGCCCCCGCCGCGUAACGCCAACACGCCGCAACAGUCGGCGGUAAGCAGCAGCGCCCAAAACGCAGCCCAAACGCUGGAGCAGCAACAGCAGCAGCAACAGCAGCAGCAGCAGCAGCAGCAGACGAGCUCCCGCGAUUCCCGCUCCAUUUCGCCGGACGUGACACGUUUGUCGGCGGCCGCUGCAGCCGCCGCCGCAGCCGCUGCCGCCCAUUGCCAGCUGCCCGUCUUCAAUCCGGCGAAUUUCUAUGCUGCCGCCGGCUAUGCCGCUGCCGCCGAUCCGGCCAAUGCAGCGGCCGCCCAUCAUCAUCAUAUGACGACGCUGGCGGCGGCUGCCUAUUUGCGCGGCUUUCUGCCGCCCGGCUUCAGCACGCCCCACGAGUUUCGCGGCCACUUUCAGCAGCAUUUCGGCGCCCAGUUUGCAGAACAAGCGGCCGCACGUGGCCAGGACUAUGCCAGCAGCUUGGCCAAUGCCAGCGGCGAUGAGCAGUCGCCCAGCAAAUCUGGCGCCGCAACUUCGGACACGGGCGGCCUGCUCGGCUCACCCACGGCCCUCAGCAAUGGCCAAGCGGGCGGCGCAGCCAACGGCGCCAGCAGCAAUGGCCACAGCGCGGGCUCCGGCUCUGGCUCUGGCUCCGGCUCCGGCUCCGGCUCUGGUUCCACCGCCAGCCGCUGCUCCCCCUCGGCCGCCUCGUCAUCCACCAAUGCUGCUGCCGUCGCCUUGGCCCAUGUGCAGCAGCAGCAUCAGCAGCAACAACAACAACAACAGCAGCAGCAGCAUCAGCAGGGCGGCCAGCCGACGACGGCAGCCCAUCAUCAUGCCGCUCUGGCGGCACAUCAGCAUGCUGCGGCAGCGGCAGCGGCGGCACAUCAUCAUGCCGCUGCCGCGGCAGCCGCCCAUCAUGCACACCAUGCCCAUGCGGCGCAUCAUGCGCAUGGCCAUGUCCACGGACAUGUGCAUCAUGCGCAUGAGGCGGCAUUUUUGGGCGCCGCCGGCGCUGGCGGCGCAGCCAAUCCGAACGGCCUGCUGGCCGGCCAUGGUGGCGAUGUGCUCGUCGGCCCCGGUGGCGCCGGGCCCGGCGGCAAGAAGAAGAACAAGCGCCGGCACGGACGCACCAUAUUCACCAGCAGCCAGCUGGAGGAACUGGAGAAGGCCUUCAAGGAGGCCCACUAUCCGGAUGUCAGCGCCCGGGAGCUGCUCUCGAUGAAGACGGGCCUCGCCGAGGAUCGCAUACAGGUCUGGUACCAGAAUCGACGCGCCAAGUGGCGCAAGACGGAAAAAUGCUGGGGCCACAGCACCAAAAUGGCCGAGUACGGGCUGUACGGGGCGAUGGUGAGGCACUCGCUGCCGCUGCCGGAGACAAUCAUCAAGUCGGCCAAGGAGGACGAGUCCGUGGCGCCCUGGCUGCUGGGCAUGCACAAGAAGUCGCUGGAGGCCGCCGAACUGCUGAAGAGCGACGAGAGCGACCGGGAGACGCCCACCUCGGACGACACGAACACCUCCUACUCGGCGGGCAGCACCCACAACUCGCCCAUCUCCAGCUUCUCGAUAUCGCGUCUGCUGUUCGACGCGCCGCCGCCGCCGCCGCCCGGCUCGGCCGGCGGCAAGCAGAGCAAGCAUGCGGCCCACGCCCAUGCGGCGCACGCCCAUGCGGCACACGCCCAUGCCCAUAUUGCCGCGGCCAAUGCGGCCGCGGCUGCCGCCGCUGCGGCCCAUCAUCAUCAUGGCGACGCUGCCGCCGCAGCCGCUGCCGCGGCGGCCAUGCACGCGGGCAUGCAUCAUCAUCAUCAUCAUCAUCAUCAUGGCGCGCAUACGACGGGGCAGCCGCAGCAGCAGCAGGCGCAGCAGGCGGCGGCGGUGCAGCAUGCGAUGCACAUGCACCACCAUGGCACCGCCGGCUAUGCCGAGGCAGCUGUUGCCGCUGCCGCUGCCGCUGCGGCGGUUGCAGCGCGCAAUGCCGCUGCCGCGGUGGCUGCUGCGGCCGCCGUUUCCGUUUCCGUUUCCGUUGCCGAGUCCGAGCCGGAGGAGGAGCCCGAUGAGGAUGAGGACAUGGACAAGGAUUGCGAUGCCGAUGUCGAUCCCGAUGCGGAUGUCGAUGCGGAUGUCGAUGGCGAUGCGGAUGUCGAUGGCGAUGCGGAUGCCGAUGGCGACAUUGACAUCUGCGACGACGAGGACGAGGCGCUGUCGCAUCAGCAGCUCCUGCUCAAGGUCAAGCAGGAGCAUGUCGCCGGCGGGGGCGGAGGCGGAGGCGGGCCCGAGGGCGCCAGCAGAUGAAACAUGUACAUCGAUGUGUUGUUCUAGGCUGGACACACAAGUACUUAUUGAAGGGGUAGGAGCACGAGAAGAAGAAGAAGUGAAGGAGGAGGAGAACGAGAUGGGGGCGGCGCUGCAACUCGGCAAUGUUAAUUUUCUAAGCAUAAAUCUAAUAAAUUAAUUAAAUAUUUAAAUCGAUAACAAUUUUUU